AUGCGUAGAAAGGUCAUGAUAGCCACGUCUCCGUAUGAUGAUAUCACUCUUCGUUGCAAGUACCUUAACACGUUUGCCUCAAUGCAGCGCGUAUAUGCGUUUGUGUUUAAAUUUGUUGAUCGUAUAAAGCAUCCAGGCCUCAACGUGGUAGAUGUCAACAAAGGCACAUUGCUGCUACUGCGAUUAGUGCAGUUGUCAAAAUUAUGGAGUGAUGUCAAGGAAAUUCGUUCGAAGGGCUUCGUCAAGAAAUCGAGUUCAAUCGCUUCUUUGUUGCCGUUCAUCGACCAAUUUGGACUUCUGCGUGUUGGCGGUCGGCUAGCCAAUUCAACUCUUCCCUACGAUGCUCGCCAUCCUAUUAUAUUACCUCGACGGCAUCCUAUUACGUUGGCGCUCAUCGCUCACCAUCAUAAAAAGAAUCUUCACGUUGGAGCUAGAGCAUUAUUAGCAAAGAUUCGGUUACAAUAUUGGCCGAUUGGCGGACUGCGAACUGUGUCGAAGGUUGUUCGCAAUUGCAUCGAAUGCUUCCGGGCCAAGCCCACUGUGCUCGAACCAAUUAUGGCCAGCCUUCUGAAUUCUCGUGCCUUUGCAAUAAGCGGAGUGGACUACUGCGGGCCGUUUUACUAUAAAUCUGAAGUUCGGAACAGACUCCCAAUCAAAUGCUACAUCAGCGUAUUCAUCUGCUUUGCUAGCAAAGCGAUUCAUCUGGAGUUGGUGAAGGAUUUGACAACUGCCGCCUUUCUGGGAGCGCUAAAAGAUUCGUGUCACUUCGUGGGAGGCCUAAUCAGAUUUGGUCCGAUAAUGCGACUAACUUUGUCGGGGCCAAAAUGA